AUUUUUUUUUUCAACGAAUGGUUAAUAUAUGGGGUCUCCAUCAAUAGACAAAGCCGAAAAUUCAAAAAAUAUUUAUGUUUAGCGUAAAGGUAGUGUUUUAUUUUUUUUAAAAUAAAAAAAAAACAUUAUCUUCUUCUCUUACAAAUGAUAUUAAGCGAAGGUGUAAUAUAACAUUACUAGAGUGGUGGUUAAAAUAUUUCGGUUCUAGAGUUUAAACAAAAUGGUCCAUGACAUAUGGAAUACCAAGUCGUUCUUAAUUAUAAUUUUUACUUGUACUAUUUUCCUCUUAACAAGAAAAUGCUUUAAAUAAUUCUUUAUUAAUUUUUAACCAUGCAUGGUCACUGAUACAAUCGCCAACUUUACGAUGAACAGUUUAAGCAAAAUUUUUUCAUUGAAUUCUUAUCCGUGGGUUAAAGAAAAGCUACAAGGAGUCAGUGCCAAAGUUUUUCCUGACGCGUUUCUUCCGUGUGGUUCAAAUCGUGUUUUAUCUGGAAACGUCGACCAGGAGUAUUAUGGGUUGAAAGAACAAGAAGCAUGCUCUCAUCAAAUUAUCGCAGAGCAUUCCGAUGAUUUAGCCAUACGUCUAAAUUCAAUUGUUCGAAAGAGUUCGAAAAGUUAUAACAAUAAAUUUAAUUCCCAUCUCAUAAUAGAAAGGCGAGAAACAGAUUCUUUAUCAGAUGCGAGUGACUAUUGUGAAAAUGUUUCCACGCACACUCUUUCUAACAAAAAUAAUUUAAAAUAUAUGCGACGUAAUACCGUACGCUUUCCUGAGACCGUACCAGGACAACCUACGUCAAAUUUAUCCAAACCACUGAAUCUUUUUAACGGAAAAAAAAAAUGUACCCAUAAUACACCGAUAAACAUUUUUGAUGACGAGUCAUUUGAAAAUACUAUUGGAAUGCAUAUUGUUCCUCAUACAUUGUAUAAUAUCUUAGCUGUUUCUUCUCCAACAUGUUUAUGCUUGGUCACACAACCUCAUUUAAAUUUAAUUGAAAUAAUUUUUCAUUCCACGGCAUCUAAACCUGAUGAUUUUGAUGAAUUACCUACGUUUCCUAUUCGGUUAAAUGAUGCUUUGUACUACACUUGUGACAAGGAAAGUUUAACAAAAAAAACUAAAGAUGAAUUUUCAGAUCGAUUACUUUCAAUAAGUUGGCAUCGUGAAAGUUUAACGCUGGCUGUUGGUACAUUACAUGCUGUUUAUAUCAUUAAACCAUCAAGUCAAAUGGAACAAUCUCUUUGUAAUUUUAAUAAAGUUACAGGAGGUUAUUUUCGACAAGAAGAAAUAGAUAACAAUUAUUCAACAGAAGUCAAAUCACCGUUAUUUGUUUUAGCCUUUUCUGUCAAACUCGAAUUCCCUUGUUACACUAUUAAUUGGAUUCACGAUGAUCUUUUAACAAAAGGAACAAAUGGUUAUAGUUCAUGUAAUGAUGGAUCUUCAUCUAAAGGUUUCGAUAAAAACAGUCGGGGAAAGGAGAUAUCGGUUAUGAAUACUCAAUUUUUUGUAUGGAAAUGUAAAUUUCAACGAGGUUCUGAUGAAAUAAAUAACAACUCGAUACCUCCUGUGUCGCAGGAUUUAGAAUCCAAUGGUGCGGCUCUUUUCGAGACUCAGAAUUUUUUUGAAGGGGACUCAUUAUUGAAAUCUUUUGUUGCAAAACACUGGAAAUCUAAUGAACCAUUAGCUAGUUUUAUUUCUUGUAAUUCUACACCAUCGUUAAGUUGGCGUUGUGUUAUUGGCAGCAAUACCAAAAUGAUGUCUCCCGUGCCACUUCUUCAACCCACACAUAAUGAAUUUUCUAACUUAAGAGACACUCCUUAUUCGGGAAUUUUCAGACUCGUAGCUCAUCCUGCCGGUCGUUUUUUGGCUGUGCUGUAUACACUUGGAACAAAUUUUACAGAUGUAUCAUCACAAUUGUGUGUAACAAGUCCCAUUGUUCGAAUUUGGUGCUUACAUACGUCUAAAAGAAAAAGAGUGGCAUCAUGUUUAAACGAAAAAUCUUUAAUUCAAGCAAAGAGUAAAGUGUCGUUGAAGUCUUUUUUAAAUUUCACGACAUGUUUUCGUUUGAAACAUGUUUUCCGUCAAAGUCCCCCUACCAAAACAAAAAAUUAUCGCGAAAAAAAAUCAAGUUGUUUUCAGCGACCUAAUUUUCAUAUAAAUCGUCGUUAUUUUCUUUUUUUCAAAAAAAAACAACAGCGAUUCGAUUUUACACGGUCUAAGGGUAAGAUUUUUAAUGAAAACGCAAAUCUUCAAGGCCCUGAAUUAAGUAUUCUUCGGCAAUUAACAUCUGUAAAAGAUUCACAUAAUUUUGCCGAGACAUUUUCAAGAAAACAUGAGAGUGCUAAUGGUUUCAAACGCCGGAUUUCUUUACUCAAAUUUAUUGCUACACAGCGUCUGGCUUCUGAUGAAGAAUUACGGGCUUUGUGUCGUAUGACAAUGCCAGAUAAUUCAGCUGAGCGAGAAUUGUUGGUACGACAAAAUAUCCGCUGUCAAUCAUUAAUAGAAGAAAAGGAUUAUAUUAAGAAUUCUAUGUUAGUGAAAGCAGCUCAAAAUUUUUCUUUACAAAAGGCAUCAGGAAUAUUCGAAGAUGGACCAUACGUUUCAAUGACCUUAUUACAUCGAGCUCCUGUUGUAGAUUUAGUAUGGAAAGAUACCGGACCAGUUGCAGAUGUUGUUUUUGUUCCAGCGGUUAUUUGUUCUUUAACAGCUGAUAAUUGUUUAACUAUUUGGUUGGAAUCGUCUUUACAGAUGCCUUUACAAUUUGAUCCCGUUGUUGUUCUUCGUUUGCGAUUCAAUCCUUUAAAAAAACUAAUUCCUCUUGUGAAUAUUUGUCAUUCCUCUUCGUUUUCACAGUCGACAAAUAAAGAAGAUUUGAGUAUAUCGUCAUCUACUCUGAUAACAAAAUCUGGUUUAACUUUAUGUUGGUUGACGGCUCAUCACGUUUCUCUUGAAACAUAUCAGAUUGAUAACAUUCUUCGUUUCUGUCGAGUUCAGGCUUUCGCCGAAAAUACAGAUUUCAAUGUUUAUGAAGCUGCGGAUAUUGGAAUGGAUGACACGAAAUUGUGUGUUGAAAAAAAGUUUCUAGAUGAGGUCGUCCAUUCCCAACCAUCUUCUCAACCUUUAUCAUCUUUUUGUGAAAAAACGUUUGAAGAUUAUUACAGACAGAAGUAUUUUAGUACAGGUUUAUCGUUAGGUCCUAAUGGACAUUUGGAUACUCCGUCAGUCGUUGAACUGUCCAAAGAAAUAACAAAAAAACAAGCAGCUCUUCAAAAAACAAAUCAAGAAUUUCUGAAUGCUAAAAAAGUUUCACCAAAAAACAUAACAUUAUCUUCUUUCUCAUCUUCCUGUAUGCCCACUCAAGUGAUCGAUUUCGUUCUAGUUGCAGAGUCAUGCACCUCUACAUAUCUUUCGAGUGAAAAUAAAAACGGUCUAUGGGUUUACGCGUUCAGAGAUUUAGGAAGGAACACUUUAUCAACGGCGGAUCCUACAGUAAAAGAGCUACUCAGCCCUCGGCAUAUGAACAUUCCUUGUCGCAUUUCACAUCUUGUCUCGGCAAAGUGUAUUCCUUCUUUAGGUUUGAAGUCCUGUUUAUGGGGAGAUACCAACGUUUCGGGAUUAUGGGGUGAACCGAUUACAGUACAAGAUGGAAUUUUGUUCCCGGCAAGUUAUGUUACCAUUGUAACGUGCUCUGCUGAAAUAUGGACAUGCGCCAUUAAACCUUAUAUUAUUUCAUACCAACUGUCCAGCAAAAGUCUUGAGGUGCAAUAUCAAGUUACUGUUAUUAGCAUCUACGGCCAAUGUGUUUCCAUUUGUCCCCGACUCCCAUUAUCAACUUCCAUUUUACCGGAUGGUCGAUUGGUUUCUCAAACGCCGACUCAAGCGCGUUUGGAUACAGAAAGUUCAGUGGAUGGUUUUUCUGAUUGUUCAGAUCCACGUUUGCUUCCGAAUGUGUAUUGGAAAUUAAUUGAAGAACAUCGUUUUAAUUCAUUUUGUUUGCUAGCCUUAGAUAGUGAUGGAAAGCUUUUCUUCGGCGAUACCAGUUUAACUAAACGUUCAGCUUCGAUUUAUACUACGGAAGAACUUGUUUGGAGAAGAAAUUCGACGUACUGUUUUUCUUCAGAAAAAAGCUUUCUUUCUCCUAUCGAUACAAUGAAAUUUUCGUCGCAUGGAUUGCAAUCAAAUACGUUGGAAUGUUUUCAGCCAGACCCAAGUCCUACUUUUUCAUCUAGUUUUUCUGAAUCCAACAAUUCAUCUUUACCAGAUAAUAUUUUAGAAUGUGGAUACUCAAUGAAAGCUUUGGUAUGUUUAAAUUCGUUAGCAACGCAUUGGCUCGAGGAUAAUCUUGUAUGUCAACUACAAAGAACAACUGAAGACCCAAUACCACCAAGUUCUUUUAUACCCUUUCCUGAAUUGGAUUAUGCCGCAUGGUUACCAAUUAUGGGAGAACCUUCUAUUAUGCUUGGCGUCACACGUGCUGAACGUUAUCUUUUAGCUUUACAAAUUUUACCGAGGUUUUUGCGUGAAAAGCCUCUUUUCACGGUAUUACCUUUUCAUGGAACGUUAGAACCUUGUUUUGACGCGGUUCAAGCAGUCAAAUCGUACUUAGUCUCCUCACUUACCGGUUUUAAUGAAAAACGGGAUACAAGAAUAUCUGUUAAGAAGACCUCUAUUGUUUCUCUUCACAUGUUUCCGCAAACUCAUAACACAUGCUUAAUUUUUCUGAGAAUACGAACAACCGACUUUUUGUAUGAAAAAAAUGAUUUCUCUCAAAAGGAUACUUUAUUACUUAUGCGAUGCUUCAAGAGCGUUUAUAAAUUGAAUCACUUGGAUUUGAAAACAUCCUUCAUAAAAAAUGGACCAUGUCUGAUGGUUAACACAGUGUUUAUGAAAACGAUUGCACAAUUGCAUGAAUGUAUUUGGAAGUCCCCUCAUGCUCUUGGAGUUACGAAUCAUGAAACUGAUUCUUAUUUACGAAAAAGUGACUUGUUACCGGAACCUAUUUGUUGUUGCUCGCCUUGUUGUUUUUCUUCAACGUCUAAUGCAAAAGGUUUAAUAGCAAUGUUUUGUGUGAGGGAGCUGCAGGAGUUUCACAACACCGUUCAGCUUUGUGACGGCAUCCUAGUUAGUAUCUUUCAGUUUGACGAAUCUUUAAUUCAACCGUUGGGUUUCGCACACGUGCCCCAAAAAUAUUUUCAAUCGAUUACUAGAGAAAAAGUUGUGUUAGAUAAUAUGAUUGUCAGCAUAGCUCUUCAAGAGGAAACCUUAUGCAUUCUGACGUCGAUUGGAUUCAUUCUUUUAUUUGAGCUAUGUGAUCUUUUUUUGGAUUCCACUACGCCUGAAUCUAUGCUGUCGUUGUGUGAAAAAUUUUGCGAAACAAACCCACACAUUACAGUAUCUAAACCUCAAGCAUUUGGAGAAUAUUUAACGUUACCUGUUCUACACCCAUCAACUGUGCUAGAUUUAGGAUGUGAAUUAACGAGGAAUUUAGAGAUGUUGCGUUCAAAAAAAUCUAAAGAUAACGUUGAAUGCUAUAAUUCGACGACUUUACCAGUGGAAGUUUUAGGCCACGCACCUUAUUUAAGCUUUCAAUGCACCAAAGGCAACGGUUUGUUGCUUCUUGUCACUUUGAAAUUAUUUUUUGAAACACAAUACAAAGCUUCUAACGUUUCCAAUAACUAUUAUUGUGUCCCAUUUAUUUAUGCAAGACGUAUCGGUGUUAACAACAGUGAAUGGAUUGAAUGCCAUUUAUCAAAUUUACACCAGCUUUAUGAAGGCGUACCGAAUCCAUUACAGGGAGAACUAAAAGAAAGAAAAUGUUGUUUUUUUCGCCAUGUUUCAUGGGGUGCGGGUUCCUCUGAAUUGUUAUUAGGGCGAACAUGUGAAGAGAAUGAACGCUGGACCGUUCAGGCAUUCCGGCCACCUAUCACGCUCAAACUUCCUGAAACCCUAUUAAAGCAAGCAAGUAAUAUGUUUGUUGAAUUGGAGCCAUCUAGUCUAGGUGAAAGAAAAAAGUUUUCGAAUAAUUCGUCUAUUGAAAAUUCCCUUGUUGACCCUUUCGACAUUCAUUCAUGCUUGCGCGAUGACUCCUAUCUUGAAGCUGAAGAACUUAAAUUGUUAAUCAAUUACUUAGACAUCAAAAAUCCAGACAAUCGUUGGUAUCUUCAAUCUUUCGGAGUGUUAGUUCCUCAUUUAACUUUGUUAGAAACAAUCCAGCUUUAUGGAAUCUUACAAUUUCUUAUGUUUGUUUUUCAAGUAAAAAAUGAUGAAGCGCUGACUUUGUCUAAAACGACUCACUGCAUAAAACAAAGCAUUUUCACCUUUUUUGCAUCAUUUCUUGAAGGUCACGAAAAGUAUCCACCUACUACACAACCCCAAGAAAUGGAUUUUCCACCCCGUAUCUAUUUGAUGGGGUAUACUAUUUCCCAAUGUGUUUCAAUUUCAUUAGAAGAAGCGUGCAAUUUUGCUGAGUCAGUGAACCAAGAAACAACGAGUCAUCCGAUCAAAAGCCACACCCAAACACCUUUACUAUCUCAUUAUCUAUUACACACUCACACUUCGAAUAUUGGUUCCUUAUUAAAUCACUGUAUUCAAGACUCACUUGCGCACAAAACGGAUCAAAAUUAUCAACCGUUAGGAUUAACAACGUGCGAUGUUGCUUUCGCUAUUCAAACAACAGAUACAAAAGAACUAUUUCAAAACAUGUGUUUUUUACGUGAACAAUUGUUCUCUUUUAUCAAACCGUCAUUAAAUAAAGAUUUGAAAAACACAUUUCUAACAUGGAAAGAUGUGCAACAGGCAAGAAUACAUGAAUCUCUAUUGAUGAACACUUUUUGA